CGCUGGCCCAAAUCUGGCUCCAUUACCAUCAAGGUAUACUAUUGUAUGGUCCAAUGCUCUUGAUGCGCUGGCCCAAAUCUGGCUCCAUUACCAUCAAGGUACACUAUUAAAUGGUCCAAUGCUACUGAUGCGCUGGCCCAAAUCUGGCUCCAUUACCAUCAAGGUAUACUAUUGUAUGGUCCCUGUGCCAAGCAGUAGGUCAGUAGCCCCGAGGAUGCGCCGAUCCGCCUUUGAGGCCACCAAGACAACCGCCGUCGUCUUCCGGCCCAAGCGCGGCACCGCCGGCGCAAGGACCGCCGCCGCCGCCGCCGCUGAGGCGCCGCCGGUUGUGCUUGACGGCGUCGAGCUCGCGUACGCCGACAAGAUGACGAUGCUCGGCGCGCGCAUCGACGCCGAGCUCACCUUUGCCGCGCACCGCCGCACGUGCGUGAGUCGAGCGGCGCAGGCGGCGGGUGGCGUCGGCCUCCUCGCGCGAGCGCGAGUCGGCCUCUCGGCGCGGCACACGCGCGCCUUGGUGCGGGCGUGGGUGUACCCGAAGAUGCUCGCGCUUCUUGAUGGCCUUGGGCCGAGCGAUCUUGUCGGCUACUCGGACGGCAGCCUCAUUGAUGGGCGAGCUGGCGCCGGGUGGGCGCUGCGAGCCGUGUUCCGCGGCGAGGAGCCGAUGAUGACCGUUGUCGUCUCGUGGGUGCCGGGCCACGCCGAGGUCGAGGGCAACAAGCGGGCCGACGCCCAGGCCAAGGUCGGGGCCGAGGUGGUCGAGGUCGAGGGCGGUGUGGGCGAGGGGCGGCAGCGGGGCCGCAAGUCGCGGCGGCACAGCAUGGUGAUGCCGCGUGGGGGCUCAGUCGAGCCGUCAGACGACGAGCGCGACGAGUGGUACGGGGGAGAGAGGGAGACGAGCCCCCAGGUCGAGUCGAACCAGCCCCCUCGGCCUCGCCUCCCCGCCCUCGUCAACCCUCCUGACGGCCUCGAGGACCUCCGCAGCGAGCCCAAGAGCAUCGCGGCGGUCCAGCAGGCCUUCCACCAGGCGCAGCAGGCCGCGUGGGCGGCGAGUUGGGCGACGGCGCCCGCCGGCGCGGGACUUCGCAGCGUCACCGGCAAGGUCGCGCCUGGCGCCUCCUUCGCCCGGUACCACGCCACGCUCUCGCGCCGGCAGAGCACGCUGCUUGCCAGGCUGCGGCUCAACUUUGCCGGCCUCGCGGCGCACCUUCACCGCAUCCAGCGCGACCCGACCGGCCUGUGCGAGUGCGGCGAGGAGGAGACUCGGGCCCACUUCCUCCUCGCCUGCCCCCUCUACGCCGCGCCUCGUGCUGCGCUCGUGCGUGCGACCGGCAAGGACGCCAUGCCACCCCUCGCCACC